GUUGGCGGCGGCGCCAUUUUGAAUGGGCUGAGGGUCGGCGGCGGCGGUUGCCGAGCAGGGCUCCGUGUCCCCUGAGAAAGCCAGCGGGAAAGGCGUGAGGUCUGAAUAUGGCAGCGAAUAGGAACCUGAAGCAAGUGCGGAUCGAGAAUAGCUCCCCAGCGGCUCCGCUGAGCUUGGUGGGGGGUGGUGGCGGCAACCUGAAGGGAUUGCGGGGCCUAGAAGCGGAGAGUGAGGCAGCGGCGGCCAUGGCGCUAGUGCCGAGCAAAGAAGGUGGAGAUGAAGAGCAGGAGGGUGGAUUCACCAUCGAUAUCAAAAGCUUUCUCAAGCCUGGCGAGAAGAGCUACACGCAGCGCUGCCGGCUUUUCGUGGGGAACCUGCCAACUGAUAUCACCGAGGAAGAUUUCAAGCGCCUUUUCGAGCGCUAUGGGGAGCCUAGCGAAGUCUUCAUCAAUCGGGACCGUGGCUUUGGCUUCAUUCGCCUGGAAUCUAGGACACUGGCUGAAAUAGCAAAGGCUGAACUUGAUGGUACUAUUUUGAAGAGCAGACCACUUCGAAUUCGAUUUGCUACACAUGGAGCUGCCCUAACAGUGAAGAAUCUUUCACCUGUGGUUUCUAAUGAGCUGCUGGAACAAGCAUUCUCUCAAUUUGGGCCAGUGGAAAGAGCUGUUGUUGUAGUAGAUGAUCGUGGCAGAGCUACAGGAAAAGGUUUCGUAGAGUUUGCAGCAAAACCUCCAGCACGGAAAGCUCUAGAAAGAUGCAGUGAUGGAGCAUUCUUGCUAACAACAACACCUCGACCUGUUGUUGUGGAACCAAUGGAGCAAUUUGAUGAUGAAGAUGGGCUCCCAGAGAAGCUAAUGCAAAAAACACAACAGUAUCACAAGGAAAGAGAACAGCCUCCACGUUUUGCUCAGCCUGGAACAUUUGAGUUUGAGUAUGCUUCACGGUGGAAGGCUCUUGAUGAGAUGGAAAAGCAACAGCGUGAACAGGUUGACAGGAACAUUAGAGAAGCCAAAGAGAAACUAGAGGCAGAAAUGGAAGCAGCUAGACAUGAGCAUCAGCUAAUGUUGAUGAGGCAAGAUCUCAUGAGACGUCAGGAAGAGUUGAGGCGUUUGGAAGAACUUCGAAAUCAAGAACUUCAAAAACGCAAGCAGAUACAAUUAAGACAUGAAGAAGAGCAUCGACGUCGUGAAGAAGAGAUGCUACGCCAGAGGGAGCAGGAAGAAUUACGACGGCAGCAGGAGGGAGGAUUUAAGCCAAAUUUCAUGGAUAAUAGAGAACAGGAAAUGAGAAUGGGUGAUAUGGGUCCUCGUGGAGCAAUAAACAUGGGAGAUGCGUUUAGCCCAGCACCUGCUGGUAACCAAGGCCCUCCUCCAAUGAUGGGUAUGAAUAUGAACAACAGAGGAACUUUACCUGGCCCUGCAAUGGGUCCUGGUCCUUCCAUGGGACCAGAAGGAGCAGCAAAUAUGGGAACACCAAUGAUGCCAGAUAAUGGAACAGUGGUUACUAUUAAAAUGCUAAAAUGCAGCUGAAGACUGGCUUGUGUAGAGUCCUUCUGCUAUAUUACGCAUACAGAAGAAAAUCCUAAAUCAAGUGUUGGGAUGAAGGUGAGUAUUAGGAUAUUUGGCUUUAUUAUGUAGUUAUUGAAAUUGGGGGCCCUCUUUUUGUUUACAUGUGAGGUUAGAUGUGGAGUAGUUCUGCUUCUGUGCUUCAACUAAUACUUGCUUUCAGAUAAUAUAAUGCCUUGUAUAAUUCCUGUCGUAUGUUAACAUGUUUCUAAGCAGCUUGAUGUGCACAACCUCCUGCAAACAGCUCCACGUCUGACUAGCCAGAAUGUGUCUUGUAUCCAAGACCAGAGUGCCACGUUAAUUCUGUGUCUGAGCUGCUGGGUGUUACUGACACAUUGCACUCAGAGCUGGCUUGUACAAUUGACUCUGGAGCUUCUGAUUCUGAACAGACCUUGGGGUUACCUGCUAGGCUUUGCUCUGAAAGGCUGUAUCCAUGUAUUCUCUAAAACAUGGGUAGGAUUUUACCUACCUUCCCAGAGCCUGUAGUUCCCUGGGUCCUCCUUCCUGCCCUGGUUGAAGACUGGAGUGAUGUCUGCUUUCACAGAAUCACUUAGGUUGGAAAAGACCUUUAAGAUCACUGAGUCCAACCAUUAACCCUACUCUGCUAAGUCCAGCUCUAAGCCAUAUUCCCCAAGCAUCACAUCUAGAUGACUUUUAAACACAUCCAGGGAAGGUGACUCAACCACCUCCCUGGGCAUCACGUUCCAAUGUCUGACAGCUCUUUCAGUGAAGAAGUUCUUUCUAAUGUCUAGUCUAACACCUCCCCUGGUGCAGCUUUAAGCCAUUUCCUUUUGUUUUAUCACUAGUUACUUGUGAGAAGAGACCAGCACCUACCUCUUCACAGCAUCCUUUCAGGUGGUUGUACAGGGGGGAUGAUGAGGUCUCCCUUCAGCCUCCUUUUCUUCAAACUAAACAGCCCCAGUUCCUUCAGCCACUCCUCAUAAGACUUGUUCCCAAGGCCCUUCAGCAGCUUUGUUGCCCUUCUUUGGACACACUUCAGCACCUUGAUGUCUUUCUUGUACUGAGGUGCCCAAAACUGGACAAAGUAUUUGAGGUGUGGCCUCACCAAGGCCAAGUACAGAGGGGUGAUCAUUGCCUGGUCCUGCUAGCCACACUAUUUCUAAUACAAGCCAGGAUGCUAUUGGCUGCCUUGGCCACCUGUGCACACUGCUGGCUCAUAUUUAGCUGCAAAUUGAUCAGAACCCUAUAGUCCCUCUCUGCUGGGCAGCUUUCCAGCCUCUCUUCCUCAGCCUGUAGUGUUGCAUGGGGUUGUGGCCAAGUGCAGGACCCAACACUUGGCCUUGUUGAACUUCAUACAUUUUGCCUCAGCCCAUCAAUCUAGUCUGUCUAAGUCCCUCUGUAGAGCCUCCCUAACCUCAAGCAGAUCAACACUGCCUCCCAACUUGGUGUCAUCUGCAAACUUACUGAGGGUGCACUCUCUACCCUUAUCGAGGUCAUUGAUUAAAAUGUUAAACACAAGUGGUCCCAACACUGAGCCCUGAGGGACCCAGCCAGUGACCGGCCAGCAGCUGGUUUAGCUGCGUUCACCACCACUCUCUGGGCCCAGCUGUCCAGCCAGUGUUUUAUCCAACAGAGAGCAUGUCCAUCCGAGCCAUGAGCAGCCAGUUUUUUCAUCAGAAUGCUGUGGGAGACAGUGUCAAGGCUUUAGGGAAGUCCAGGUAGACAAUAUCCACAGCCAUCCACUGGGUGGGUCGUCUUGUCAUAGAAGGAGAUCAGGUUCAUCAAGCAGGACCUUCACGUGCUGAGUGGACCUGAUCACCUGGUUGUUCUGUUUCCUCUAGUCCUGGCACACCUCUCCCAGUUGCUGUGCCCUUUCAGCAAGAGCAGGCUCCUGAUGCUAGUGAGCAUCUCUCUCAGCACUCCUGGCUGCCUCACAUCAGGACCAGCACAUAUAACUUGUCUCCAGAGAAAGUGUUCCCGAUCCUGGACCUUGUUACAUGUUUGAUGCUGAGGCAGAGCUGAGGAAGUCGGAUGUCUGAUAUGCACCUUGUUUUGUGGUUCUGCCCUUUACUAAGGAGUUCCCUGUUAUUUUCUAGUUGUAAAAUCACAAAAAAUAGUAACAUAAAAAUAAUCACACAAUAAUGUGUAAGAUACACCAGGCUAUGGAAACAGGGAAGCUAUGAGCUACUCAUCAAAUCUAAAAAGGACAAUACAGGUAAAACUUUAUCAGAAAAAUAGUAGUAACCAAAAAAACAUUUAAUUAUUUUACGUUUGACUUUAAAAGAAAUUUUUCUGUCCACGUCUUGACCACAUAGUUGUUGAGAAUUCAGCUGCCUUGCUUGUCCUGAUGUAUCAGCUACCCCUGUGCACAAGAGCCACUCAGGAACCUCAGUGUUUGGCAGGUUUCCCAGGCGCCUCAGAAUUUUUUCUGUCUUCAGGGUUUCCUUCCUGUGAAGGGAAGAGUGGAUGGCCAAGGCUCCUUGGACAUACAAGUGUUUCUUUGGCUAAAUAAUGACUCCUAUUCACAGUGGAGUGAUAAAAUCCCUUCUUUCUCUUUCCCCACUAUUCAUUUGUGUGUGCACGCUUCAGACUGCAGUGUGAACCUGGAUGACACAGCCUAAUGGCCUAUUUAAAUGGCAUUAAAAAUGGAGGGUAGAUAAAAAAUGUAUGUGAAUUGCAUUGUAUUUGGGGCAGAGUGUGCAACAGCAAACUGGGAAAAAGUUGCAGGCUAUUCUGGGGAGUGAGCCAUAUCAGUCACAUAAAAAAAAUGACACCUGCUCAGUUUGAUCUUCCUUAACUCAUUGCUGAGCAGUUAUCUGUAGAGACAAAAGCUGGCCCUGCUGUGGCAUCAUGUUCUCUUCGUCAGUGCCAAAAUAAACUUGCACAGGGUUUUGUUACACCAGGAGAUGCACUGGGCUGUGAUUACAUAGUUCUGCUGUUCUUUGAUUACAAAAGUACGUUUUCAAGGAAGUUACCACUGAGGUGUCUCCUCUUAAUCCUCAACCUGAAUCAUAUUUAUUUCCUGAAAACCCCUCGUGGCUGAAGAUGGCUUUCUGCUGCACUGUG